AUGUGGAAAACCCUAUCAAGUGCACUUCGCUCGCAGAAAAAAAUUGUUCUUACUGUUGCUUCAAGUGGAAUAGCUUCGUUAUUAUUGCUAGAUGGAAGAAUUGCUCAUUCAAAGUUCAAUAUACCCGUCCCAACAGUUGACAACUCUACUUGCAAUAUUGACAAAGACUUUGAACAUUCACAAAUAUUUGUAGCAACCGAUGUGAUAAUAUGGGAUGAAGCACCUAUGUCUCAUAAGAAUUUCUUUGAGGCCUUGGAUAAAACCCUUAAAGAUGUCAUGGGCAAAAAGGGUCUUGCGAAUACAUUAUUUGGUGGGAAGGUUGUUGUUUUUGAAGGAGAUUUUAAACAAAUUCUUCCUGUUGUUCCAAGAGCACGACAUUCGGAUAUUGUUCACGCAUUAAUAUGCUAUUCUUAUGUGUGGGACUAUUCUCAAAUAUUUGAACCAAAUGAUGGUUUGGUUGAUAUAGAAAUUCCUCAAAAUCUAUUAAUAACCAAUUAUGAUGAUCAUAUACAAGCUAUUGUUGAAAGCACACCUAAUUUGUUGGAAAAUUUCCAAGAUGUGACAUAUUUGCAAGGAAGAGCAAUUCUUGCCUCAACCAUUGAAGUUGUGGACAAAAUCAAUCAUUAUGUAUUGGGAUAA